AUGUUUAUCAUCUUAUAUUUCCUUUAUUUCCGCUGCAAAAUAUUUCUUUUAAUGUGGCUAUAUGAAAAUGGAUAUUGUCUUCGAUGGAUUUCCCGCCCGGAACCUGGAGAAAAUCUUCUUAUGAAACACGAUGCAUUUCUAGCGUUUUGUCAUGUGGAUUUAAAAUAUGCUGAGGAAUUCGUUGAGGCACUGGAGAACGGACCAAAGAAAUAUAAUGUGUGUUAUUACAAUCGUGAUUGGUUGCUAGGUGAAUCGAUUCCCGAAUGUAUAUUGACCUCGAUUGAAGAUUCCAAGAGAACCAUUAUAUUGAUGACGCAAGACUUUAUCAACUCGUCGUGGGGUCGCUUUGAGUUUCGUUCUGCGAUUAAAGCCACUUCGGAAGACAAACACAAGAGACUAAUUGUAAUAUUGUAUCCAGAUGUAAAUGUUGAUGCACUAGACUCUGAAUUUAGGUCUUACUUAAAGUACAACACUUAUUUGAAUCGAGAUGAUCCGCAUUUUUGGAGGAAGCUAAAGUUUGCUAUGCCUUAUAAUCAUAUCAGGAAUGAAUUGACAGAUUCAGAGACUUGAUAAGAGCAUAUUCCUAAAUCAGAAUCAUAAAUAAAUGUGUGUG